ACAAGAGUAUUUCGAUGAAAAACACAUCAAUAGUGUGAAGCAUCACAAUACCCAUAGCAUGUACUUCUGCUUUGGGCAGGAAUAAGCUCAAUUUUUAUCUCCUUUGUUACAGAUGGACUAAAGGCAUAUCUUCCCCCAAACCAACACAGACGAGGCAUGCAGUCAAGAGCAGUUGCUUCCUCUUUGAUAUGGUUAGACAGAUUCUCCCGCAGAUUCGGAGAUAAACUGCCAGCUCAAGACAAGAUUCACUUGCCGUCUUGCCUGACACGUGCCAGUGUGCAUCAGAUCAUGAAAGAAGAGCUGGAGGACCUUGGAGAAGAAGUUUGCUGUAAAGAACAUUUCUAUCGAAUAUGGAAAAAAGAAAUGUCACAUUUGACUAUCCCAAAGGUGAACAGGUUUUCAAAAUGUGAUGUCUGUACUCAACUGAAGCAAAGCAUCGAAAGAACCAAUGACAAACAAGCAAGGAAAGCCCUCCAGCAACAAAGGGAGGAUCAUCUUACUCAACAAAAAACUGAAAGAAUGAAGUAUUACAAGCAUGCACAAAAAGCAAAACAACAUCCAGAGAAGUACAUCAGCAUUAUCAUCGAUGGAAUGGAUCAGCAAUCCACCAGCAUUCCAAAAUUUUACCGAACGGCCAAAUCAAUUUCAUCAGCAUGGAGACUCCCAUCGCAUGUAACUGGGACAAUAGUUCAUGGGCGGGGACAACACAUGUUUGUCGACAACAAAGAGUAUCCCCAUGACUCCAACCUUACUGCGAACAUUCUUCUUCAAGUUUUAAAUAAAUAUGCUAAUUCUCUUCCUGACACACUAUACCUCCAAAUGGAUAACUGCGGGAGGGAGAACAAAAAUCAAUGUCUCCUUGCUUUGUGUGCCCUUCUUGUGGAACUCAACGUGUUCAAAAAGAUCAAAUUGUGCUUCCUAAUGAAAGGGCACACCCAUGAGGACAUUGAUCAGCUGUUCAGUAGAAUAUCUACACAUACAUCAAAACAUAACAUUCCAACACUUUCAUCUUUACUACAUCACAUCCCACUUUCAUACAAGAAGCCAAACACAACAGCAGAAAGGAUACACAUCAUAUAUAACAUUAGGGACUGGCUUGAAACACACAUAAAUAAACCAUCACAUCAUAGCCUGCCACAUCAAUUUAAAAUAACAAAAAUUCAAGGACAUGCGGUCAUAAACACAAAAAAAUGGAGCAGUAGUCCAGUCUGGACCGCAACAACAGGUGCCAGUUACAUACUGAAAGAGCAUCCCCCUGGAUUGCCAGAAAUUGUUUCAAGGAGAAUUGAAGAACUUCAUCUUGAUCGUCUACGUAGAGACAUGGUGAAGUAUCGUCCCUACCUUAAUGACUCCGAGCAUCAAGAGUGGCUGCAACUGCUUCAUUCUUUUGGUGCAGAAGAUGAAGGCUCACUCCAAACUUGGAUACUGCUAGACAUUUUGAUGUCUAAGGAUGCCAUUGCUGCUGAUGAACAGAAUGCUAUCAACUCAGACAUCUAUUUGUCCAAUGAUGAGCAGGACCCCAUCCCUCCAGUCAAUCUUGGACGAAAGACUUCACAGAAGAAACAACCUAUGGUUCCUGAUAUUGGGCAGAUGAUGUGCGUCUUCCUUGAAGAAUAUCGCAAUGAAUGGCCGCAAGUUGGCAAAAUAACAGCACUGCAUGAAGAUUCUGCAACUCUGCAUUGGUUUACAGGCACAACAACAUCGAAUUGGAUAGCAUUAGAUACACCUAGCAGGGGACUAAAUGGAGGAAGUGAACCAUAUAUUUCCACUGUUUUGAAAUCUUCGUUUAUUACAGGUUCAUUCACCUUAACACCUCAAGGCAAAUUACCACAGGAUAUCCAGCGCCAAUUACGUGAGAAAAGAGAAGAAUUGUACAGUUAGCUAUAUAAAAUCUAUUGUCAUUUCUGGGUCAUUCUCAAGAAAAUGUCACAGAUAACUACUCAAUCACUAAUACAUUUGAGUGAAAAUGCCUUCGUUUUAAUUAAACCCCACUAAAUGAAAUUUGAAGGGGGUACAGGAAUCAGCAUACUAUCAGAAUGGCUGUUGGUCUGUAUAACUGCAUCCUCAGUUUUUGGCCAAUUAUCAUGGAAUUUGGCUCACACGUUUCUUUUUUUUGUAAAGAUGCACAAAACAUAAAUAAAGAGGCUUUAAUAGGAGGAAAUUAUAGUUUG